AUGCUGUCCACACAGAGGCAUGGUUCCAGCAUCUUGACCGUAAAGGAAAUCCUAGAAAAUGGUUUUGUGGCCAGGGCCUCCAGCCAUACCCAUUCUUCUCCUGUCCAGAGUUAUUGCAUAGACUCUAAAUCAGACACCUGGGAGCUUCUCAUGGACUUGGACACCACAGCAAAAGGCAGUUCUCUCUGUGUUGUCAAGCAAUCGGAUUUUCUGAUCAGUUGUGUGAAGACUGACCUGCACAGCCUGACCCAAGGCAUCUCUGACCUCAGUCUUGUCUGCCUCUGCAAGGCCCACCAGGGCCAGGGCACCUCAGAGCUGUCUGGUUUGCCUUGUGAACACCCCAGCAGACCAAGCUGCCUCAUGGACACGGCAUCACAGAACACCUCAACACCUCGCAAGAAAGACAAGCACCCCAAACCACUUGAGAGCCUGCUCUCCAAGAGCUCCGAGCUCCUCGGAGACAUCUCUGUCCUUGGGAAUGUGCCAGCACCCAGGUGGGAGAUCUCAUCAAUAAAAUCCCCUCUGGACACCAACCUGUCACUUGAUUUGAGCACUGAGGAGUUAAGAUUACUGGGAUGCUCCAAACAGGACACGCCACCCCUGGGGACAUCUGUAGUGAUUCCUCUGGCUUGGCCUGGUGCCUUCAAGAAGCACCCCAUGCUGAUGCACGGGUCUGCCACACCCGAGACCCUGCCGAGCGAUCCUGACUCUGUCUCCGUGUUUCUGCACCAGGCUCAGUGA